AUGAUGGUGUUGCUUGCCGUCCUCCUCUAUGCCUACUUCCCUCAAGGGGUUGUGGCCCUCCAUAUGUGCCGAGACGGCGAGGUGGUCCCUCUGAACUACCUGUUCCAUGUGAAUUCAAGUUUUGCUCCAGCCGAUCGCGGAGUAUGUGCAUGCGAGCAGCAUUUUGCUGCGGACCAGUCCCAGGUGCCCACCGUUUGGGAUGUCAUUGCCCUGGUGCAGAAACCCUUGAAGAGGCCAGCAACAAAGGCUAAGGCAGCCAGACGACCUGCUGCCGCUGCACCGGGACCUACUUCCGGAUCCACCUUGGGGACAGCGUCUUCUACGCCGGAGGCCUCCCCGACUACCCCGACGGCUGCAAUGACAUCGCACCCGGUUGUGCUGGGCAUUGUGACUACCUCGGCGAACAUGGAAGGGUGCCCCGUCCCUUGGAGAGAUCGCGCCCUUGCUGAUCUCCGUGAACUACGCGAACGAGGGCUUGGGAGUGGUGGACUACUUCGCCGGCUUCGUGAACUUGUCACAGCCCAUGGGGAUGAUCAACUAUGCCGAGGCUUCAGGGACUUCUAUAGGAACUUGAGGACGAUCACGGGUACGGAAGCCGGAUAUGGGCUAUGUGAAGAAGAGCUCAGUUGGGCCCACUUUGUGGACCACCACCUGUGGGACGAGUGGAUGAGCCUGGGUUUGGGCACGGGAAGCGCUGGCUCGGGUGACCCGAUGGGGCCGCCUCGCCCUUUGCCAAUAAGCGGAAACCAGCAAGGGGAGCUUCAGGACGGAUCUGAUGACGCACUGUCGCUUACACAGCUCAGCGUGAAAGUCCUCAUGAUCCCCGCUUGCCUGGCGGUGCCCCACAACACAGUGCUUGCAGAACCACCUCACUUCCUCCGGCUUGUACAUCGGCGGCUGCGUGGCCUAUGCGAACAAGGUCGGGACUUGAAUGGGUUCAUCAUUGCGUUCAGGCACCUGUUUCAACUCAGAAGGGACAGAUACUUCGUGGCCGAUUGCGAACUGGUGCUCGAUGACUUCCUCCGCUACCUCGACCGCCCUAUGAGAUGGGAUAUGCCCUUUGAAGAUGUCGAUGACGACCUCCGUGAGAUGGCAGUUUGGAUUGAAUCUGAACUGUGGGUUGAAAGGAUCGAUGAUGUGGAGGAGGCGACGGGAUGGGAAAGUGAGACGGUGCUCAGCAUGCGUGGUGAGCCCGUCAUGCCUACAGAUAUACGCCAAGCAUGGCGCAGAGGGGAAGAGCUAGGAGAGGAGACCCAGGUGGCGUCAAGUUCGAGUGCAAGUGCAGCGCCUACUAAUACUGUCGGCCACUCGGUUGUCCUCAACACGCCGGGCCCCUUCGUUGACUCCAUGCAGGCAUACCUCAUGUACCAGAUCCCGGGUGACUUGUGGCGCAAUGUGGCAAUGUCGGUGGAGACUCUUGCAGGGAACCGCUGCGAGAGUCACUUCGCGCAGUUCUGCCACGAACAAUGGGUGGAGCACACACGUCGCCUACACUCGCAAUGCCACGUGCAGCUGGAAAGUGAUCUGGAAAUGGAUGAGUUUGCGGUCUGGGUGGAAGCCGAGAUGUGGGAGCUCUACCUGAAUGCACUUCGGAAUCGAGUGGGCUUCGACAGCAGAAGGUUCAUUCUCGCCGCGGGCGAGCUUCAACUAUCCCGCCGGACGAGAAUGAGGGCAGAGACUCCCGUGACACCCGGCGAUCACCUCGGAGAUCAGGCACAGGACGACAUGAACCAGGGCGAGCACGACCGGAUGACCGGCCCUCCAGACGUUCUGGGAACUCAAGAAGGGACCCCCCGGCUGGCGCCCCUACUGAGACGGCUGAGUGCUAUGUUUCCCGAGUUGGGCGAGCCCGGAACCGCACGCCCCCUUGGAGAGGAUAUGACUGGAGAGAGCAUCGAGGUGAUGAAGGGGCAGGCCCAACAGCAUCCUCACCUACAAGGGGGCCUAGUUGCUGUUCGUGUUGAACGUAAACCUCGGGAUGAUGAUGAAGACUCGAUAUACAUGCAGACAAGCAUGCAAGUUGGCCCGAGGCAGCCGAGGUGUGACCCACUCACAGGAGCGGUCACGUUCAUCAAUGAGGGUCUGAUGGCAAUGGACGCAGAACUCCGCCUUCGCAGAGCAUGUCAGUUGCGAGGCCAGUUGCAAAGGGCAGCCAGGUCGGCUAUUGGCUGGCAGUGGAGAUUGGUCUCUGCAGUCCUUACGGCCGCUGGUAGUCCUCCUGGAUUCUACCUCCCCCUUGAUGAGGAGGCUGCUUGGGUACGCGACUCUAUGCGUAUGUUGGCUGCAUGUUCGGAGGUGUGGCCGACUACUACCUGCUUGUUGCCAGAAGAGCUGCCUGUGCUGACCGUGGAAGACAGUGAAGAGCCCCCAGCACAACCUGAUGCUGAACUCCGUGAACGUGAGAAAGAGGAAGAGGAACAGAACAGGAGGGACCAACAACUGUGGGAGGCCCACCAGGCAGCAGUGUAUAAGGACUGGGAAGACUGGGUUGUCCUGAAUACUGUGACAUCGGCGCCUCCUCGAAUCAGGGUCAGGGUCUCUUCGACAGGAGCGGCCUCGAGCUCGGACUGUGUUGUCCUGCCCACUGGUCAACCCAACCUUCCGCUCACCUUGAUCGUGACGGUCGAUCGCCAGGACCCGGAGGUGACUAGUGAGUGCAUGAAGCCGGCGCCAGUGGAAUCCCAGAGUGAAGGUACUGAGGAUACUGUGGCGGCCUAUGUCCCAGGCUUGGAUGUGGUGUACGGCCAGUGGAAAAGAGGCGAGAUCUCGAAUGAGCAGGUGACCAACGAUCAUGGGCUUGAUUGGCUUGAUCUGUUCAUGGGGCAGAGGGAUUUGGAGGAUACCUUGAACUGCCCCGACCAGGAGCCGACAUAUGCAGCAGUUCCCGCCUCUCACAUGGAGAUCCCGGAUGGACAUCCUGCUGUAUGUGAUGUACAUGAACCGGCAGGGGUGACGCCUGUGGAACCCGAUCUGGAUGUGUUGCCUGCACUCUUGGCCGUGACGAGUGUGCCCGAGACUGGUCCAGGCACGAGCGAAACCACAUUGGAUGAAACUGCAGAGAGACCCGGGGAACUACAUUCGGAGUGGCCUAGUGGGUGUCGUGUCCAGCCUGGUUCAUGCCUGUCUGCUGCUACGGAGGGCUCUGCUGAGGGUGAGCAAUGUGAACCAGGGUGUGGCUCAGGGAUGGAUGUUCUACUCGAGGUACGUCCCCCAGGGCAUCUUGCUGCUCUCGAUCCGGGCCCUUUCGUUGCUGCAGGGGAUCCUUCUGGGGAAGAACUUCUUGAAUCAGGAUUCGGCUCUGAGAUGGUGACAGGGACCCCUUCUUCGGUGGCCUUCGCUUCGGUUAGUGCUGGAAGUGCGACGGUGAUCCUGGAGGAUUCUGGAUCGGUCUUCGAAGGGUCCCAGGGUGAACAGGGAGAGAAGGGGGUCAAACGAAAGAUGGAAGAAUGA